CAAGGAACAGUUUGGUCACAUCCUCGUUUAGGACUCCAGUACGCUGCGCCCAGUCUGUACAUUGAGAAGGUUGUCCUGUCACCAGCAUCACAAGAAACACUUCUAGGUUAUGCAGCUGAGAAGCUGAAGACAGUAUUGUGACUGAGAGGCAAAUAAGGACAGUGUACAAGCCCAGGAAAUCAGGGAAGGGCACAUGGCAUCACCUUGGAGCCAGGAUGAAACUUUCGAACAGGAGGACCUCCAGAUCACCAGAAUGGAUCCAAAAUCGGUGCAGCCUGGCCGCUCUGGAGCCUAUGACCUGGAGAAGCGGAAACAGAUGGAGGGCAGUCCAGAAGGACACUUCCACAAAAUCCCACUGGACAAAGAAACAGGUCUCAAUCCCGGAGUGAACAGGAAGCUGUUUACAAACCCAGGCAGAGGAAGCCACCAGUCGUACGUGGAGCUGAAUGAACUGAAGAUGGACACGAAUCAGGAGCUGUUCUGGCAGGAGACGGCGCGAUGGGUCCGAUACGAGGAGGACUUCAACCAGGAUGUGGAGCGCUGGGACAAGCCGCAUGUCUCCUACCUGACCUUCAGCAGCCUGCUGGAACUGCGCAGGACCAUGGAUAAAGGGGCCAUUUUCUUGGACCUGCAGGAGCAGAGUCUGGCAGGCAUCACCAGCAAGGUGGUGGACAGCAUGGUGAAGGACGGCCAGGUCAGAGAGCAGGACCGGGCCCAGCUGCUCCGGGCUCUGCUCCUCAAAUACAGCCACCCCAAGCAGCCAGCCUCCUCCUCAGAGCCUCUCCUGCAGGAUGAGCACAUUGAGAUGGAGACCUUCUCCGUCACCCAGGAGAGGGAUUCUGCAGGGAAUACAGAGGCCACCGUUGUGCUUGUAGGCGAGGUGCAGUUCUUGGAGAAGCCCACUAUGGCGUUUGUGCGUCUGAAGGAUCCGGUGGCGCUGGAGUCGGUGCUGGAGGUGGAGCUCCCUGUGCGUUUCCUCUUCGUGCUGCUCGGGCCCAGCCUGCCUCGCAUGGAGUACCACGAGAUGGGACGAGCCAUCUCCACUCUCAUGGCAGACCGGGAGUUUAACGCGGCAGCGUACCAGGCAGAGAGCCGCAGUGCACUGGUGACAGCAAUCAAGGAGUUCCUGGACUGCAGCAUCGUCAUCCCUCCCUGCGAGAUCCAGAACGAAGGCCUGCUGCGCUCUAUGGUGCAGUUCCAGAGGCAGCUCCUCAAGAGCCGCUCCAGACCCCUGGAGAGCCAGGGAGAGAAGCAGCCGUUGAAGAGACCAGGGAAAGUCCUGCCCUCCAAGCAGCAGGAAGCCAGGAACGUGGACGACCCUCUCAGGCGGACAGGGAGACCCUUCGGGGGGCUGGUGAAGGACAUCAAGCGGCGCUACCCUCACUACGUCAGUGACAUCACUGACGCGCUCAACCCCCAGGUCCUCGCCGCCGUCAUUUUCAUCUACUUCGCCGCCCUUUCGCCUGCCGUCACGUUCGGAGGGCUGCUGGGCGAGAAGACGAAGAACUGGAUGGGGGUGUCAGAGCUGCUGGUGUCCACGGCUGUUCAGGGGGUCCUGUUCUCUCUGUUGGGGGCCCAGCCCCUCCUUGUCAUCGGGUUUUCAGGACCGCUCCUGGUCUUUGAGGAAGCCUUUUACACGUUCUGUGAAGACCAAGGCUUCGAGUACAUAGUGGGGCGAGUGUGGAUUGGGUUCUGGCUCAUCCUCAUUGUCGUUGUGAUUGUGGCGUUCGAGGGCAGCUUCCUGGUGCGCUUCAUCUCACGCUUCACCCAGGAGAUCUUCUCCUUCCUCAUCUCCCUCAUCUUCAUCUACGAGACCUUCUUCAAGCUCUUCAAGAUUUUCCAGCGACACCCCUUGCUUAAGAUUUAUAACCCCCCGAACUCCACUGCAGGCAAUAGCACAGCUGAAAGCACCCCGAAUGUCGCCUACCCCAACACUGCCCUGCUGUCCCUGGUUCUCAUGAUUGGAACUUUCUUCAUCGCCUUCUUCCUCAGGAAAUUCAAGAACAGCAUGUUCCUGCCGGGGACUAUCCGUCGUAUUAUUGGGGAUUUUGGAGUCCCUAUCUCCAUCUUCAUCAUGGUUCUCAUAGACUUCUUCAUCAGUGAUACCUACACCCAGAAACUGAGCGUGCCCUCCGGUCUCUCGGUAUCUCUCAAGGAUCAGAGAGACUGGUUCAUCAACCCCAUGGGGCUGAAGAAUGAUUUCCCCAUCUGGAUGAUGUUUGCUUCUGUCGUCCCGGCACUGCUGGUCUUCAUCCUCAUCUUCCUCGAGUCUCAGAUCACAACGCUUAUCAUAAGCAAGCCGGAGAGGAAGAUGGCAAAGGGCUCUGGGUUCCACCUGGACCUGCUGCUGGUGGUGGGAAUGGGAGGUGUGGGCGCCCUCUUCGGGCUGCCCUGGCUCAGUGCGGCCACGGUGCGCUCCGUCACCCACGCCAACGCGCUGACCGUCAUGAGCAAGGGAGCCAAACCGGUGAUCGAGAAGGUGCUGGAGCAGAGGAUCAGCGGGAUGCUCGUCGCCAUCCUAGUGGGUCUCUCUAUCCUGAUGGAGCCCAUUCUGAAGCUCAUCCCCCUGGCUGUGCUCUUUGGGAUAUUCCUCUACAUGGGGGUCACCUCCCUGAACGGCAUCCAGCUGUUCGACCGAAUGCUCCUCCUGCUGGUCCCCCCAAAGUACCACCCUGAUGAGGCCUACAUCCACCGGGUAGGAGCCCCUACACCCCUCCUGUCUGUGUGCAUUGUUACAGCGUGCCACUGUCAAUGAGCCUUACCUCUUGCC